AUGACCACCACGUGUCCACCGAACCACCCGGUCGCUUUUACUUGCUCGACCCCAUCACACACGUACCGUACCGGAGCACGGGGAAGAGAGGUGUUAGAGCCCCAUUGCUCGUCUGGUGACAUGAACCUUGAGAAAGGGUCCAAUGAGCUCAAUUUAAAUCCUUCUAUGGCGGGGAUCGGGCACUACGGCGAAUAUCUCCGAGCUCCAAGGUCACGUGGUGCACAGCGACUCUAG